UAGACUUUUACUUUGGAAACCUGAAACAACGACCCCAUUUUUUUGGAUUUAUUUUUGCAUUUCAGAAAGUUCAGUCGUAAAAAAUGAGCGGCUGUUUGUCUUGAGGCAGAUCUGUGGAGCACAGAGAUGGAGAAGAGUCAUGCAGCUGUUCAGAGCCAUGCAGCUGUUCAGAGCCACAGCUUCCGAGACUUUGAACAGCACCUGAGCGACCUGAAGAAGGAGAACUUCAGCCUCAAGCUCAGGAUCUACUUCCUGGAGGAGAGAGUCCAAGGCCAGAGUCCAGACCCAGACCUCAGCAAGACUAAUGUUGAGCUGAAUGUGCAGCUGCAGAGUUUGAAGACAAAACUGGAGGAGAAAGAACAACUGCUACGACAGACUGUUUCCACAGCAGAGCUACUGUCCAAUCAGAGCCCAGAGAAGCAGCAGCAAAGCGAUGAAACCACCAAUCAGGUUCAAGAGUCUUUGGAAGCUCGUCUCCAGCAGCUGCAGCAGGAGCUGGAGCAGAGGCGGCAGAGUGAGACCUCACAGCAGCGUCUUCACAAACAAGCUCUGGAGGACAAGGACAGAGUGAUCUGUGAGCUGUCCACAGACAAACACAAACUGGAGCAGAAAGUUCAGGAGCUAAACACUGCCCUGAGGAAGAGGCUCCACUCCCCACAGCGCGAGUCUGAACAGAGUGACCACUCGGAGCUGAAGAGGGUGCUGGAGGAGCAGAGUGGUCAGCUGACUCAGUGUGAGAGCACCUCAGAACAAUGUCUGAAGCAGCUCCAGGACGCCCAAAACCAGGUCCAGACCCUACAGACGAAGAUCCGAAUCAGCGAGGACCGCAACAGGAUGCUGCAGAAGCGUCUCGGGGAGCUGGAAGUCGAACUCAGAGCUGUCCGAGAAGAAGCUCAGAAUCAGGAAAGAAACCUGCAAAACCUGACAGACUCACUGUGCUCCAAAGAGCUGGAGGCGGCAGAUUUGCUUCGAGUUGUUGAGGAUCAGAACCGAGCGCUGUGUUCUCUGAAAACAACCGGCCUGGCCCAGGUAAAUGCAGGUGAUGCUGCUGCUGUCCAAUCAAAGCUCUUCUGUCUUCAGCUGGCCUUAGACUCUGCCCACCGUGCCUUGAAGACCCGAGACCAGACCGAGAAGGACCUGCGGGUGGCGCUAGAACGAGUCGAGUCCGACCUGAGAAGAGCGCGACAGACGGGCAAAGAGAGACUGCAGCACAACCAGGAGCUGCAGCAGGAACUGGAUCAGACCCGAACUUGUCUCAAGGAUCAACAGGAGCAGGUCCAAAAACUGAACCAGGAUCGUAAUCAGAUUUUAAAGGAGGAGAGGCUUAGCUGCAACAAGCAAGUGGUCCAGGACAACAGAGACCUUCAUGACUCCACAGGCCAGAGGGUCUUGUUGAACCGGACCUGGACUCUGGCUUGGCCUAAGGAGCAGGAUCCUCAGCUACAGGAGCUGCUGAAGGACAAAAACCAAGACCUCCAAACUCAGAGACAACUCCUGCUCAGCAACCAGGAGACCAUUAGGUCCCUGGAGGUAUUGCUCCGGGGGCAGAGUCUGCAGGUGGAGCAGCUCAGAGAGAGUCUGAGAAAGUCCGGACUAAAUGAAAGCCUUGUCCAGUCUCAGCUGAACCGGUCUCUGUCUGAGAGGGACUCUGUGAUCCGAAGUCUUCAGGACGUUCUGCAGGAGCGGGAUCAGGAAGUGCAGGACCUACGCUCAAUUCUUUCCCACAAUCCUCUGCUUCCUGAUGAUGUCAUGCAGCAGCUCAAGCUCCGCCUUCAACUCAAAGACCACCUCUUACAGGAAGUGAUGUCACAGCGGGCAAGACAGAUCCAGGACCAGCAAGACCAGGUCCAUGAACUGACCCAGACCAUCGACCAAAGGGACCAGUACAUCCAGGACUCGUCUCCUCAUUUCCUUGAGCUCUUAAAGGAGCAAAGCGACACCAUAAAAGAGCUCCGCACUCAGCUGAGUUAUGGACUAAACCUGGACCAGAACCAAGAUCAGGUCCAGGAUCAGGUCUGGAUUCUGAAGGAGCAGUUGAAGAAGACUCAGGAACACCAACACCAAGCCCAACAAGACUUGGAGGACAAAAACCGCCUUGUAAAGGAGCUAGUGUCGGAGCUCCAGAGGCUGAGAGGCAGGCUUCGUGCAGACUGUGAACCAGAUCGAAGCCUCAUUUUGGGUUUGGCGUCUGAAGAGGGGGCCCCUGUGUCUGGAGACGAGGAGGCUGUGGAAACCAGGGGCCCUCAUGAGAACAGUGGACCGCUGAGAGGGCCUCAGAGAGGGCCUCAGGAGCUGUGUGUGUUGGACCAGCUCCUGCAGCAGAAAAAAGCCGUUGACCGAGAACUGCACGAACUCAAGACCCAAGUCCACAAGACCGGCUUCUCCUCACUGUCCCAGAUCAGAAAAGCCCUUUUAGACCUGAGGACCCAGAACCAGGAACUGAGACAGGAAGUGAUGUCACAGCGAGAGGAAGUGAUGUCACAGCAGCAAGAGGGGCAAGGGACACGGACUGUGGAAGAGUCUGACCAAUGGGAGGCCUGGGAUUCAGAGCUGACCUUUGACCUUGCACAGAACAUGACGAUGCCCCAGGACUCUCCUCGACACCGUGGAGCUGUGGAUCUGGGAUAUGAGACAUGUGAGAAAAGUGAGACGGAGGCCGAGAGGGACACGAGCAGCCCAGAGUUCGAUGACCUGGAGAUGUGUCUGUCUUUGGACCACGGCUCAAACUGGUGGAAUCCCCAAGAUCUGGACAAAGACCAGGACCAAGACAUGGACCAGGAUCAUAACCAGACCCCAACUCUAAGUCCAGACCACAGCACUCCCCGCAGACCCAGAGAGGUACAGGAGCUGCAGAGGCUCGUGCAACACCUGAAGGCUGAGCUGAACCGGUCUAAGUUCCAGGUCCAGAGACUCCAAACCUCAGCCAAGUCUGAGGCUGGACCCCACAUAGAUCUGGACCUCGCGAACCUGCUGAACCGCGUGCAGUCCCUCGAAGACCAGAUCAAGACUGAACACAGGGCUGAGAAUGAGGAGAAGAGCAAAACUGGGUAUCUCGGGCUGGUCCAUCUUCAGGCUCGGGAGCUGUCUCACCUGCGGCAGGUCCUUAGAGAGUCUCGGGGUCUGGUCCAGAUCCUGGUCCAGAGUCUGGGUGAACAGCUGAAAGGUCUGGAGUCUCUGCUGACCUCCAGAGAACCAGACUACAGUCUGGGUCAGAAACUUCGCCAACAUCUGCAGGAGGCCCACGAAGUCCUGGAUCGACUGAGCCACAAGAUCAGCCUUAAGGAGCUUCCUGAAGAUCCUGACGAUAAGACUGAGCUUCUGGCCAUGAGACUGAGUAAGGAGCUGCAGCAGAAGGAUCUCCUCAUCCAAUCACUGCGCUCCAAACUACGCUCAGACACACCCAGCGACCAAUCAGAUUGCAUCUCCUAUGUAAGCGACGGGCAGUUAUCCAAUCAGGAUGAAGAUCUGAGCUCAGAGACCAACAGUGAGCUGCAGGUCAACCAAUCACUGACCAGCAGCCAAUCAGAGCACAGCAUCCACUACAGCGUCCAACCAGAAGGCAGUAUAAACACAAACGGCCAAUCAGAGAGCUUCUCCAAUCACACAGAGCUUCGCUCCAUGUUUUCGUCUGUUCCUCCUUCUGUCGCCUCCGCCCACAGUUUUCCAAUGAUGCACUGCUCCAGAGCACUGCUCUCACCUGGACACCCCUCAGCUCCGGCCUUUUCCUCCCUGAAGCCCUCCUUCCUCCCCCCUCCUCUCCCUGCUCCUGUGCUUCCUCUUGGUUCUGGGUCUGGUCUUGGUUCUGGAUCUGGUCGUGGUUCUGGUCCAGGUUUCUGUCUGGCUGAGGUCCAUCAGGAGCUGCAGAUGUUACAGAAGACGCUGCAGCCCCGUCACAGCGACUCCCUCCGAGCGUCCCACCUCAGGCCCAUAGUCAGCAGCUCCAGUCUGGACUCGGGACUCAGACCUGGAUUUGCACCUGAACUUGGAACUGGACCAGGACUUCCUCAGAUUAGUGGUGCUUUGUGGGAUAUUUAUCCUGGUGCUUCCAGCUACCAUUCCCUAACCGGUCCAAACCUUUUGGGGGAACACCUGAGUGAGGUUAGGUCCCUCAGACUCAGACUGGAGGAGUCCAUUCAGACCAAUGAGAGGCUCCGACUUCACCUGGAGACUCACCUGGACCCGCCCCCUAGCACAGCUCCAACAAACAUCUACAUCCAGAGUCCAGAGUCCACAGAGACCAGACUCCUGAAAGAGACCAACCUCAGUCUGAAGAACCAGCUCCGAGAUUCGCUGUUGGAAUCGGAGCAUCUGAGAGAAGCGCUCUUAUUGGUCCAAACACGGCUUAAGGAGGCGGAGCUACAGGUACAACGGUGGGCGGAGCUGAGUCAGAGCAGCCAAUCAGAAACCAACUCUCAGAAACAGGAAGUGACACGGCUGCAACAGGAAGUGACGGAAUUACGUCAAGAGCGUGACAGACUCCAGGACGCCGUCCGAGACAUGCAGCAGGAACUCCGAGACCGAGAGAGCCAAUCAGAGCGGAGGGAAGAGUCCAAGAGCCAAUCAGAGCGGAGGGAAGAGUCCAAGAGCCAAUCAGAACGGAGGGAAGAGUCCAAGAGCCAAUCAGAGCGGAGGGAAGAGUCCAAGAGCCAAUCAGAGCGGAGGGAAGAGUCCAAGAGCCAAUCAGAGCGGAGGGAAGAGUCCAAGAGCCAAUCAGAGCGGAGGGAAGAGUCCAAGAGCCAAUCAGAGCGGAGGGAAGAGUCCAAGAGCCAAUCAGAGCGGAGGGAAGAGACCAAGAGCCAAUCAGAGACGACGGUGCAGAGGAGGCUGCAGUUCACUGGUUCAGCUGUAGAGCCCGACCUGGUCCUCUGGACUGAGGACUCCAGCAGACUGCAGAAGACCCUCCAGGAAUCCUUGGACCUGAUUAAGACCAUAAACCGAGCUCUGAAGAACCGGACUAAACCAGGACUAAGGCAGGAUUGUGAGACCCAAACCAAACCAGGACUAAGGCAGGACUGUGAGAGGCUCAGGACUCUUCUUCAGGAGGCGCUGAGUCUGAGUCACAAAACCAAGAACAUAAAAAAAAAACAACAGGUGUGGGAUCAGGAGCAGAGUUUGAACAGAAACAAGGAGGAUCUGGAGAAGCUCAUUCUCAGCCAAUUGUCGAGGACAAGAGACGUGCUGCGAAAAGCCAAGGCCAACCUGCAGACUAUUCGAGGGGAUGUCAUGGUGUCCUGACAGCGCCCCCUGCAGGCCUGAUUUGUUCACCUCUGACACAGCGCCCCCUGCAGGCCUGUUUUGUUCACCUCUGACACAGCGCCCCCUGCAGGCCUGAUUUGUUCACCUCUGACACAGCGCCCCCCGCAGGCCUCUACUGUGACAAUCUUUUUUUUUUUCUUUAUUCGGGGUCAGGUUUACCAAAGAUUUUAGUCUGAGGAACUUUUAUUUUG